AUGGGGUUCAAAGUCGACCCACAUUGGACGAUCAUCUCCCCAUGCGAGAAAUACAAGAAAUCCAGGUCGUCUUCGGGUCUAAUCAGCGACUUAGCUCAUGUGGUGAUCCACAAGUACAUAUCGCAAAUGAUCUUUGGCAAGAAGGAGUCAAACAAGGUGAGCGAGCAGCAGGUGUUCAUCUUGUGGUCAAUCUCACACGAAAAGCCGGUGACCAUGUUGCAGUACUUGAAGGACUCCCUCUUCAAUGUGCGCAACGACUCGAGGCGUGGUCCGACCUUGGGUCAUGUGGUGUUCAAGUUAGCUGAGUACUUUGGGGUUGAGAUUGACGAACCCAAAAUCCGUGCCAAGCUGAUUGCACAGAAAGACCUCUGGCAUGCCGGCUUCCUCAUCAACAACACCACCCUGAAUCCAGUCAUUAAGCGGGCCAGCUAUAAGGCCUAUUGCCAGAAAAUGGGUUUACCCAAUCCAAACGACUCGUCCCAACCGGCAGCCUGUACAUCGGUCGGUCCAACUGACGAGACCCUUCAUGAUGUAGGCGGGGACGACUCCGACGCCGACAGACAUCCCGCUCACGAGACCAUUCAGCCUCCUCCAUCUAUGGACGCGCACACGGGUGCGUCUUCCCAGUCGGCUACUCCAGUUUGGUUUUCCGAGUAUGAGGCUCGGAAUGAGGCACGUUGGACGGCUUUCACCGAGCAGAACGACGCGCGUUGGACGUCUAGCAGAGAUGAGAAUAACACUAUCGGAUUUAGUGCUUUUGUCGUUGCCGUUUCCUUGUUUUGA